AUGGCUAACUUAUUUCAAUACACAAACUUAUUUGUGACAUUGAACGGUGAUAUUUACUUUGAAAAUGGUGGUGAAAACGGUCGCAUAGAAAAGUUCACAUCAAAUUCAACAAACAGUUCAUUUGUAGCUCAAUUUUCAGGAAACUGUUUUGGCCUUUUUAUUGACAUUCGAAAUAAUCUUUAUUGCUCCCUUAGACAUGAACAUCGAGUAGUGAAAAUUAUGUUAGAUGAUGACAUCCGUAUAGUGAUCACGAUUGCUGGAACAGUAAAUAAAACAGGAUCACGACCAUACGAAUUAAAUCAACCUUGGGGAAUAUUUGUUGAUGCUAAUUUUAAUUUAUACGUGGCUGAUCAUCAAAAUAACAGAAUUCAGGUUUUUCCGCAUGGAAAAAUGAACGGAACAACAGCAACCGGAAAGAAUAGUUUAACAAACUUGACGUUAUAUCAUCCAACUGAUGUUAUCCUUGACGGUGAACGUGAUUUGUAUAUUGCUGACAAUAGAAAUCAUCGGAUAGUUCGACUACGAAACGGUUGGUAUGAAUGUAUCGUCGGCUGCAGCGGACAAUCAGGAUCAGCAUCAGAUCGGCUUAACAUUUCGUAUUCUGUUCGUUUCGAUAGUGUAGGUAAUUUAUAUGUUGCUGAUGAAAGGAAUCGUCGCAUUCAAAAGUUUGGUAUUUCAGGCAAUUCAUGUGGUAAGUUAUCGUUUUAUUCACAGAAAGUUGAUUCUAACCCGUUUCGUUACGCAGCAAUCUCAUCAAUUCCUGAAUACACGACAAGUUCACGUCAAACUUCAACAAAUGAACUCACAACAAUAAAUACAAAGCCUACAACAACUUCGAACUAUUUUCUGGCACCGUUAUGCAAGAUCUCCACAAAUAUCGGCUGGAAUUGUAAUAUAUCUGGCACAAUUUGCGAUAUACGACAACCAUGUUUAAACAAUGGCACUUGUGAUAGUAUAAAUCAGAAUCAAGAUUAUAAAUGUUCGUGUCUGUCACACUUCUCGGGCAAGCAUUGUGAAGUUGACGAACGUAUCUGCAAAGAAAAUACUUGCUUGAAUCAUGGUAAUUGCAGUGUAGCAUCGAAUUCCACGUAUCGCUGCAUAUGUUCACCCGGUUACGAAGGAAUGCGGUGUGAAAAACGAAUCAAUUAUUGUUUAAAUGUCACAUGUUACAAUAAAGGUGUUUGUCGUCCUUUAUUACUCGAUUAUAAAUGUGAAUGUCUUCGUGGAACUUGGGGAAAGCAAUGUGAAAAUAUUGAAACAAAGAUUACUAUCAUUAAAAUCGUAGCAAAAUCGUUCGCUUAUAUUGCAAUUUUAGCCAUGAUAACUGUGGCAUUGUUUAUCAUUAUUAUGGAUGUUUUGAAAUAUUUUUUUGGUAUUGAUCUAACUAAGAAAGAAGUCGAACGAAUUCGACGCGCAAAGAAACGUCGACGACCGGUUAUUCAACGAUUCGUUUAUGUGAAUGCUUUACCUUCAUCGGAAAAACGAUCACUUUCACUGAUAGUUGAAGAAGUUACAGAUGCAUCGCAGGAUAAUCGAAUAUCAUUACAAUAA